AUGCACGCGGGGCUCCUGGCGCUUUCCGCCCUGCUGCAGGCCGCGGAGCAAAGCGCGCGCCUCUGCACCGUGGUUUACUACUUCACAACAGGACGGCUCCUCUGGGGGUGGCUGACCCUCUCUGUCCUCCUGCCUGGCUUCUUCGUCCAGGCUCUGAGCUAUCUGUGGUUCCAAGCAGAUGGGCAUCAGGGGCACUGGUGUUUGGUGGUGCUGCAUCUCCUCCAGUUUGGUGUCUGGAAGAGGCACUGGGACGCUGUGAUGGCCACUCUGUGGAAGGGAGGGGAGGCUCCCCACUGGGAGCAGCUGCAGCUUCAGGAGGUGGACCUGUCAGCCCUCCGGCUCCUGGAGGCCCUGCUGCAGACGGGGCCCCACCUUCUGCUUCAGGCAUAUGCUUUCCUGGCCUCUGACUUCACAGACAUUGUGCCAGGGAUCAACGCCCUGCUUUCUUGGUCUUCACUGUCCUGGGCCCUUGUGUCCUACACCUGUUUCCUGGGCGUCAUGAAGCCGGGCCACCACUCCAUGCUAUGGGCUGCCCUCUUGUGCCAGCAGCUCUGGAGGAUGGGCAUGCUGGGCACCCGUGUGCUGAGCCUGGUUCUGUUCUGCAGAGUUUACCGUGUUUGGGUUUUGGUGGUUGGAGGUGCCCACUGGCUGGUGAUGACCUUCUGGCUUGUAGCCCAGCAGAGCGACAUUGUGGAGAGCACGUGCCGCUGGAGGCUGUUCAACCUGCUGGUGGGAGCCGUGCUCAUCCUCUGCUACCUCAACUUCUGGGACAGCCCUUCCAGAAGCAGGAUGGCCAGCUUCUACCUGGUCAUGCUGCUGGAGAACACCGUCCUUGUACUGUUGGCUACUGACUUCCUCCAGGGGGCACCGUGGACCAGCCUCUGGACUGUGGCAGGGGUCUUGUCUGGGUUUCUAAUUGGCAGCGUCUCACUGGUUAUGUAUUACAGCUUGCUACAUCCAAAAUCCACAGACAUCCGGCAGGGCUUCAUGAGGAAGUGUUGUGGCCCUGUGGAGCUCGACGAUGCUAAGGAAGAAUCUCCUCCCAGGACUGUGGUCCGGGCAGCAGAGAGGCCCAAGAGCCUGAGCUGGUACCAGGAGGAAAGCUAUGAGCUAACAAGUCUAGACAAGCCCCCCAGCCCAGAGCAGAGCCCUCCAGAGGUGGUGCUCGGGGACCAGAGGUCUAGGGACAACUCUUUCUUCAGCCACCACCACUGGCUCUUGGUGAAACUUGCCCUGAAAACAGGAAGUGUAUCUAAGAUCAGUGCAGCCUUCGGAGGUGAUUGUCCUGUCUGCCCAGGCUCCCCUGUGUGGGGGUUUAGUCAACACUGUAAUCUGCCACGGAAGCCUGUGUUUUCCCCGCAAGGUCCCCUCUCCUCCCCUGAUGACCCGUCGACCUUGGAGAAAUACUCGGAGUUUACAGGUGCUCCGAAGGCCGAGGUGGAGUCAUUGGAAACUUCCAGUUAUGUCUCUUUUGGCAGCGAGAAUCAGGACUGUCCACCUACCCGGGGGCCACCAGCUCCACAGGAGGAAAGCAGCCCAAAGGACGGGUCCCAGGCUGGCCCUGCAACUCAGGGGAAAGAUGUGGGUGCACAGCUGAGGGGCAAGGCAGAACAGGAGAGCACAUCACUGUACUUCAGUGCCACCACAGAAAGGACCACGUCCUCCCACCAAGAUGGCAGCCCCCGGACUCUGCAGACAGCCCACUCUGGGGGACUGGGAGAAAGAAGCCCGGCCAAGCCUGCCUUGCCUCAAGCUGUCACCAAGCCCUUUCCUAUCACCAUGGCCAAUAUCAGCCCCAUCCCAGGCAGGGACUCAAGCAGAAACUUGAGCCUCGGUGGAAGAGCCCUAGACAGUUCAGAGAGCGAGGAGGGGCCAGAGCCUGCAAAGGGCCUGAGCACAUGGAGACCACUGCCAAAGAUGAGCCUGAGACCUGCCCAAGAGCCCUGCCUCACAUCCACCCCUAAGUCUGAGUCCAUCCAGAGGGAUUGUAACUCCAGGGACAGGAUGAAGCAGGAGGUGAGUUUUUACAUCUGAUCACAGUCAUGGUGGAGACAGCAGGUCAACACAUCAGGAUGGCUGUGCAUGAUGAGAAGAGAAAGCCCAGUUCUGAUGCCUGUGACCUUCCACUUCUGACCUCCACCUGCGCACCUGAAAGAUGAGGGAACAGGAUUGGGUGAUGUCUCAAAUCCCCCUAAACUCCACACAUAGCACCACACAGCAGAGAUUCAAGCUCGGUGUAGGAGAGGCAGUUUGGCUUUCCGUUCGGAUUGCUUGUUUCCCUUGUGAACUGUGUGAGCCCUGCGUAGUGUACCUUCUCUCUGUGGCCUCCAAGAAACUCAAAGGUAAAACCAGCAUCUAGUUUUAUCCAGGGUGCGUUUUAUAAUUAGCUGUUCCUGACACUAAGUUGGUGUUGAUCACUUUUUAAAAAAUGUUUUCUAACUACAUUAUUUUUUGAACUCGAGGUUAGAUAACACGAACUCUUUCUAGAGGUAGGUAAGAACUAUGUGCUUAUAACCAACAUGACUGAAAAUGUGAAUGUAAUUUUUACGAUUCCUGUCCCUUUGGUAGGAUGUAAAUAACAUCUGGGGGCAGGGGUUGUCUGGGUGGUUUGAUUUUGGUUUUUUGAAACAGGGUUUCACUUUGUAGCCUACUUGGCCUGGAACUCGCUAUGUAGACCACGCUGGCCUCGAACUCACAGAACUCCACCUGCCUCUGCUUCCCGAGU